UCAUAAAUUUCGCCCAGUUGAAAUUGGGUAUUAGUAAACAAUUGACAGCUGCAGGAGAGGUUAUAUGUGCUUUUGGUGUUGCGGUGUUACACUUGAAGAAUUGCAUACUGUGUGAACAACACAGUGGCUUUCCGUCGCACAUACUGUCUACUGACCUCAUCAUUUUUUGCCCCUCCAAGCGGCCCGAGCCCCACGUCUUAAGAUUUUGGAUUUUGCGAUAACCGCAGAUUGAAGCCAUCCUUUUUGGAUACUUCACUGUUGCGCUACCUGACCAAAUCCCACACCUCCGAUAUUAACUCAGACUCAGAUACAGCCGUCACAAUGGAUCCCUUGGAGAGCAUGUCAACUGGAGGGCCCCUGCCCAAAGACUUCAAUGCCGACGAUGCGGGCAACAUGGAGGAUAUGGAGAAGCAGUUUGCCGUCAAAGUUGUGCAGCACAUGGCAACCUACUGGGCCAUUCUCGAAAAGGUCAAGGGCUCAGGCCUGCGACUGACCAAGAUCGACGACGAGAUCUACGACCACCUCAAGGAGGCCUUCCCCGAGUUCGACCCCGCUGCCACGAUCGAUGAGGACCAGAUGAAGAGCAAGACGGGCAAAGAGAGGUGGCGCGCCUUCAUGAUGAAGUACGAGAAGAAGGUGGACGACUACAACUUUGGCACCAUGGUGCGGAACAACGCCAAGGCCGAGUACGAGCAGGACACAACCAUUUUCGUCCCCAGGAUGCAGUUUUAUGCCAUUGAGAUCGCCCGAAACCGAAGCGGCCUCAACGACUGGAUAUACGAAAAGGCUCAGGAAGAGAAGAAAUAGCUCCAAAUAAAUACCCCAAAUACACAUGCCAAGUCAAGAGUCGUUUUUGUUAUCACCGCGUGCCUUUGUCAACUAAAAUAUUGAAGGAUUUACUCAACGGGCGUGGAUAUGGUUUUGUCAUGCAGGCCGGCUUUACGCUGCGCCGCUGUCGUAUUCAAUGGGGGAAAAUGAGAAGGAAAAAUAGAUAUGUUCUAUGUAUAUGGUCAUGGGUACCUACACCAAAGACUAAGAUAUCACGAAAUACUACUGCCUGCCAUUAUUAACCUGGGG